CAAUAAAGCCACCCCCCCUCCUCCUCCUCCUCCUCUCCCCGCCUUUGAUCUGGCCGCUGAAGUCCUCGAGCUGCCGCCGCCGCUGCUCUGUGUUGUGCUGAGGCUCGAGCUGCAGCGCUGACAUGGUGAGCGGACCGGUGCGGGAAACACACCACCACACCUCUCACCGCUGCAGGCAACAAGUGGCUCAUCAAAAUGGUCUGGAUUCUUCACCAUACCUUCUCACUACUAACGGUGCAGCUCAUAUAUUCAACUCUGAUUCCUGUGAGGGCCGAGGAGCAGACCAGAGAAUGCAGAGAACAGGAGUACAGGGACCGCUUUGGGAACUGUAAACCCUGCAAGCAGUGUGAUGCGGGACAGGAGCUAUCAAAGGAAUGUGGCUUUGGUUAUGGAGAGGAUGCCCGGUGCGUGUCCUGCCGGAGCAGUCGUUUCAAGGAGGACCGGAGCCUGCAGAAGUGCAAGCCCUGCCUGGACUGUGGACUCAUCAACCGCUUCCAGAAGGGCAACUGUUCCACCACCAGCAACGCCGUGUGUGGCGACUGUCUGCCGGGAUAUUACAGGAAGACAAAAUUAAGUGGUUUUCAGGACAUGGAGUGUAUACCCUGUGGGGACCCUCCGCCUCCUUAUGAGCCUCACUGCAGCGGGCGUGUGAACCUGGUGCCGCUGCCCUCGGUGGUGACCAGCCCGCGGGACAUGGCCCUGGCCGCGGUCAUCUGCAGCGCUCUGGCCACCGUGCUGCUGGCCCUGCUGGUCCUGUGUGUUAUCUACUGCAAGAGACAGCUGCUGGAGAAGAAGCCCAGUGCUGCCUCUCUGAGGUCCCAGGAUUGUCCCUACGGUGGUGCAGAGCUGUCCUGCCUGGACCCCCGCUGGCUCCAAGACCUUCCCCAGAGACCCUGCUGCCAGUGUCACCUGGGCCCCGGACAAACCUGUGGUAGGUUGUGGUUCCGACCGAAGACAUUUUAUGCAACAGCCGAAGCCGAUCAAACAACUGAUGAGUGUCCAGUCCACCUGAUCCCGUCUCUGUGCUGUGAUGAGAGCUGCAGUCUGGGCCGCAGCCUGGACAACAGUCCCUUCCAGUCCCAGAUGAGCCUCAGCGACGGAAAUACACAUCGGGAUGGGGAGAGCAUCCCGAUGCAGCUGGGAGGACGUCCUGAGUCCCACUGCAAAGAGGCUGGUGGGAUGAGAGGGAGUUUGGAGCCUGCAGAGUGUUCUGGGUGGCCUCAGUGCACCGCUGAACCUGCAGGGAGACUGGAGGUGGAAGAAGAGGAUGGCGAUGAAGAGGAGGGGUGCAAGCCAAGGGAGAAUUCACCUGAGAUGACCAGAAAGAGCUACAGUGAAGCUGUGACAGAUGCAUCAAGUCAGGAAGGAUGACAUGGAUUUCUUUGGCUCGUGUUCCACCCUGGACUCAACAGCCGCGGCCAGAUCCCGGAUGAGAUUACUCUCUAGUCCCCCCCCAUACAUAUGAGCAGCAGCCACUCUCGCACCACCUCUUUGAAAUGCCGCUGACCUCAGCGUCCCUUGUCAAGGGGUCCAAAUAAAAUAUGUGCAUAGUUACAAACAAAAGCACUGCUGAGGAAAAUCAAAGCAUGAGGGCAAAGGGGAUAGAGAUACACACACAUGGACACCCACACUGAAUGUGAACUCACUGGCCCAGAGGGUGAAAUCGAAUGAAGUUCAAACGUCGAGGAGUAUCGACUUCUUACCGUCAAUCACAGUGAAUCAAAGUGAGCCUCUGCUCUGCCUUGAGAAUGUCUUUCAUAUUUACAUGUAGGAGAACAUAAACUGUACCACUGACCGAGCAGGUGGUGUUAUGAAGCUUUUGUGUGUAAAGGUAACAAAUUUGAGGUGUGAAGAAAAAUGUCAAAUGGUAUUAUGUUGCACAUCGAAGACAAUCUUGAUAUGGAGCAAGUUAAAACAAGGAAUGUCAAAGUGAUAGAUUUGUUGUAGAUACUGUAAAAUAUUAAAUAGGUCAAUAUUUUUGUAACAGACAUGACUGACAAUAUGUUUGCUUUACUUCCCACAGUUAUAGUGGUUGUGAUUGGUCAGUUCCAAAUAUUGUUUUUGUAAAUAAACCACUUGAACAAG